AUGUGGAGAAGAGGAGCCAAUCUAGAAGGAGAUGCUGCUAAUUUCAUUGAAACCGAGCAGCUGCUGGAACUUGAAGGUUCAAGCUUGUCAUUUUUGCAAGUCCGGGGAUCCAUCCCUCUCAUCUGGGAACAAAUUGUUGAUCUGAGCUAUAAACCACAACUUAAUAUCAUUAGUCAUGACCAAACGUCAAAAGUUGUCGAGCGGCAUUUUAAUGACCUUUUACAAAGAUAUGGGGAGGUUCUUGCUGUUGACCUUACUAAUAAGCAUGGUGAUGAGGGUCGACUAAGUGCCGCUUAUGCUGCAGAAAUGCAGAAGCUACCAAAUGUAAGAUAUGUUUCAUUUGAUUUUCAUCAAGCUUGUGGCAACUCAAACUUCGAGAAUAUAGAGCUUUUGUACUCUCAGAUCUCAGAGGAUUUUGAAAAGCAAGGAUAUUUCCUCUUAGGCAAAGGAGGUGAAGUUUUGUCGGAGCAGAAGGGAGUGAUCAGAUCAAACUGCAUUGACUGUCUUGAUAGGACAAAUGUUACACAGAGCUUCUUGGCUAGGAAAGUUUUGAAUUCUCAACUCCAGAAAGUUGGAGUAUUUUCUGCAACUGAGAACAUUUCGGAUUUUGGUGAAGAUUUUGAGAUCUACAAGAACUUGUGGGUGGAUCAAGGUGAUGAGAUAAGCCUCGAAUAUUCUGGAACCCAUGCUUUAAAAAGGGACAUGGUCAGGUAUGGAAAGCAAACAAUGGCUGGUUUACUUCAAGAUGGAGUGAGUUCUCUAUCAAGAUACUAUCUAAAUAAUUUUCAAGAUGGUGUUCGACAGGAUGCCAUUGAUCUUAUCAGUGGUCGAUAUGAUGUAAAUAGUAGCAGGCCCUUGUCUUCCCAGAUCAGAGGACUUGAGCCAAUCUCCUACCUCCCCGUAGCAUCAGCUUUGCUUAUUGGAGGGUUAACAAUGACCUCCAUUACUCUGAAUCAAGCGGGACGAAAUGCACAAUCAUAUCUGUCCUCUGUUCUUUGUGCUGGUGUAACUGCUGGAGUGAUGGCUUUAGAUUCUUUCGAAGAGUUUGAUGGCGAUAGUGAAGAUUACAGUGCAGUGUUUGCUAUAAAUGAGGAAUUUGCAAAAAGGCAGAAUGCUGUUGAUUGGGUGAAAGGCAUGGAUUUAGCAAAUUGUAUGGCUGCAGAUGCCGGCACAACGAUUACUCUUAAACAUAUUCACCCAUUCUGGGCAACCCUUAAUAUCGGUGAACAAGCUGCUACUGGUAGUUCGGGAGAUGUGGAUGAUGAUGUCCUUUAUUUUAGACAGUUGAUGGAAGAACUGAACGCAUAUCCUCAAGCAGUACGAUGCAAGGCAUUUUUUGAAAGAUGGUUAGUCCGACAAGAAGAGCUGAUGAAUGAGCUUAUGGCAGUUCAAGGAUCUACCCAGGCUGACGAGAAUACGGCCAGGGAUUUAAUAGCUCGAGUUCUUGAGCACUAUCAAGAAUACUAUUCUGAAAAAUCCAGGAUGGCCAAUGCUAACGUUUUCUUAGCAUUUUCAGCACCUUGGUUUUCUCCAUUGGAAAGAACUUUGCUCUGGAUUGCCGGGUUCAAACCCGGCGUAGUAUCCAGCCUGGCGAUGAGGUCGGUGGACGAUUUAACCGAUGACCAAAUCAGGAGCAUCGAAACCCUGAGCAGGGAAACCAACAGGCAAGAAAAACUCCUAAAUGAAGACAUGGCGAGGAUCCAGGAGAGCGUUGGUGGGCCGCCAAUGGUGGAGCUGGCUAAGAGACAGACCGGGUAUUGGCCCAUUGAUGGCGCAAUAGAUGAGGUGGGUGAUCAGAUUGAGAGCUUGAGGUUGGCAAUGGUGAAUACCCUGAGUGAUGCGGAUGGGUUGAGGAUAAGGACGGCGGAGAGGAUGGUUGGAAUACUGUCGCCUAUUCAGAAUGUGAAACUGUUUGCAGCCGCGGCUCAGCUCCAGUUAAAAAUUCGGAUGCUGGGUAAUCAGCGGGAGGCAGCUCGUCGGCGGGAGGGCUGUGGAUCUUAUGAUGAUCCGAGCAACGGCUGGUAG